AUGGGACGAGGAUGUGGCUUCCUGAAGUCCAUGGCGGCUUCGCCGCGUCCAGGCGACGCGGGCUCCCUCGUGCCGGCGUCCGCCGUCGCUCGCUCGCCCGCGCCGGUGGCCGGCCAGGAGCUGGAGACGGAGGGGAGGCGGCGGACCCGGCCGGCCAGGAGCUGGGGAAGGAGGGGAGGCGGCGGAUUCGGCCGGCCAGGAGCUGUAGACGGGAGGGAGGCGGCGGAUCCGGUGAAGAUCGGCAGCGAGGAGGGGAGGAGGUCGGGGAUCGAGGGGAGGAGCGGCGAGGAGGGGGGAUGGGUCGGCUCGGGAUCGGGGGAUCAGAUCGGGCUCCGACCCCAGUGCCCCGCUGCCCACCUCACCGUCGGCGUCCCCCUAGCGCCGCUCGUCGUAUCCGGCGCCGCCUCGACCCCGUCGCUCGCCUCCCCGUCCUCAACCCUCAUCGUGGAUCCGGGCACGACCUCGACGCCACCACGCACCGUCGUCGCCGAGCGCCGUUCGUCGGAGCCGUCAACUGUCGCCGCCGUCAUCCUCAUCUCCCCCCCCCGAGCAGCUUCACCAAGCCUCACCGCGCCUCGCCCCUACAACGCUGGUGAGGCCACCGGCCUCCUCUCCCCUCUAUCUCUGUCACCGGCUCCGUCCACCCGCGCACUCAUGGCCGCGGCCUCGUCCAGCGCACGCGCGCGCCCUCGCCGUCCCGCACGCGCGCGUCACCUGUUAGCUCCCGCCGCCUCCUGGCCGCGUGGCCUCGCCUCGACCACCUGCUGCCUGCCUGCACGCCGCCCGCUCCAUCCAACCCUCGCCGCAGCCUCGUCCCCUCGCCGCUGGCAUGUGUGCCCCCACACGCCCGUCCCCUGCUGCGACGCCUUGUCGCUGGCGCCGAGGUUUCCCCCAGUGCUGGUCUGCUGCGGAGGCUGA